AUGGCCACGGGUUCGCGAGAUAAGACCAUCAAGCUGUGGGAUACACGGGGCAGUUGUUUCAAGACACUGAUCGGCCAUGACAACUGGGUGCGGUCUCUUGUUUCCCACCCUGGUGGCAAAUAUCUCAUCUCUGUUGCAGACGACAAGGCACUACGAUGCUGGGACCUUAGCCAAGAUGGAAAGUGCGUCAAGGAGCUAUCGAGUCUGCAUGAUCACUUCUUCUCUUGUCUGGCAUGGGCUCCGUCAAUUGUGAAGGAUAAGGAUAAACCUCCAGCCAACGGCGAGGCGGGAGGAAGCGCACAAGAUGUGCAGAUUCGCUGUGUCAUUGCCACUGGAAGCGUGAACAUGGCACUGAAAAUAUUUGCCAGAUAG